CAUUACUGAAUUACAGAAUCCACAGAGACACACACACACACACACUGACAGAGAGGGAGAGAGGCAAUCUCACAAACAGCAUCACUCUCAGCUUGACGAAACGACAGUGAACAGAAUAGGGAAGCGAACAGAAGAGGAGCAUUAGGCAACAAGACAAAGAUGAGGUUGAUUAGACAGCAGUGAAAUUACCUGAGGGGGGAAUAAAAGAGGGGAUAGACGGAGAGAGGAAAAGAGGAGUGUGGGUUUUAAUCCUUUUGGCAUGUGAGAGUAUCUCUGAGUGCAGUGGUCACCCUGUGUGUGAGUGUGUGCUGCAGAGUUUGUUGGUGGUGUUGGGACGCUUUGAACUGGAAUGUAUCUGAACUAACCUCAGGGGACUUUCGGGAAGACACCAUGCUGGGCAAGGAUUACAUGCUCGCCAUCAUCAUCGUCAACUAUGACGAUAACAUCUGGAAUGAUCAGAGUCUGGAGCUGGAUUCGGAUCUUCCUCCCGGAUGGCGCACCAUACGUGACAGCACUGGCACCUAUUACUGGCACGUGCCCACGGGCACCACUCAAUGGCAGCAUCCCUCCUACAGCGCAGAGGAGGAACAAAACACCAUUAACGGCAUCACUGCCAGCCAGAUCAAGACUGCAGUGGAUGGUAGGCGGGAUUCAAGAGGAAGACUGACUGAAAACCCGCUACCCUCGCUGAGCGAAAGGCCCUCCUGGCAGGAAGAGUAUUUCUGUGCCAACAUGGAUCCCGACUCCAAGUGUUUUGCUGUGCGUUCUCUGGGUUGGGUUGAGAUCCCAGAGGAAGAGCUGACCCCUGGCAAGAGCAGUCUGGCGGUGAACAACUGCAUCCAGCAGCUCUCUCACAGUAAAGCAGAGGGCCGGGACGCAGUUGGCGCCUGGGGAGAGGGUCAGGAUAUGAUGAUGGUGCUCAAGAAGGACACUCUCAGUCUUAUGGACCCUGUGGACCGCAGCCUCAUCCAUUGCCAGCCCAUAAUCAACAUCCGUGUAUGGGGGGUGGGCUGCAACAAUGGCAGAGACAGGGACUUUGCCUUUGUGGCCAGCGAUAAAGACACCUGCAUGCUCAAGUGCCACGUGUUCCGCUGCAAUGCUCCAGCCAAGACCAUCGCAUCUGCCCUGCAUGAGAUGUGCUCCAAGAUCAUGGCAGAGAAGGCGGUGAAGCAGCCCUCAAUGGCCCGUUCUCUCACCAUGGAGAGUAUCUCCCCAGAGGACUUGCCCCUCCAAGUUGACUUUUUGGAAUCAGUGAGGCAGAGGGUGCAGAAGUUUGAGGUGGAGUACAUUGGAAACCUGCCUGUAUCCAGAGCAAUGGGAAUGGAAGUGUUGAACAGAGCUAUUGAGAGUAUCAUCCACUCCAGAGACAGAGAUGAGUGGGAGCCGAUAGUCAUCCAUGUGUCAGAUAAAUUUCUGUCUUUAUGGAGAGGAGAGGAUGGAGAUGACCCAUUUUGGGAAUGCCAAGUACGUUACUUAACUUUCCUAGGUGUGGGUCAUGACACACACACUUUUGCAGUCAUAGUGGAUGCUGGAACCCAGCGCUUUGAGUGCCAUGUGUUCUGGUGUGAGCCCGAUGCUGGGAUCAUCUCUGAGGCAGUUCAGGCUGCAUGCAUGGUCCAAUACCAGAAGUGUUUGGUUGCACAAACUCCUCCAAUGAGGCCCAAAAUGUGGCGGGCCGGCUCCAAAGUCAAACGAGCCAACUCCAUGGACGGCUCCAGCUUCCCGCUCCGACUCCAAGGACACACGUCUUCCAAAAUGGCCCCUCCCAGCGUGAAGAAGGGCAUGUUGGCAUUUUUUGAGACAUUCCGUAACAAACAGUCUGCCGUACCCACACCCUAACAACAGCGCUUCUGCUUUAAAGAGGGGGAAAGAUGAAAGGAAGGAAGAAACAUGAAGCUGAGAUAUACAAGUAUCCUUUGCCUUUGGCAUUUUUAAAAAACAAUUUAACUUAAAAACUGAAGUUCACCUGUACGACCUCACAAAAAACAACCCACCUAAUUGCCCAUAAUAACAGUGUUUUAGAGGAUUGACAUAUCUGAAUGUAGGUGUGCAGAACAGUGUUUAAAUGACAUUGAGGUGCUGUGAAAGAACAGCAAAAAUGUUCUGUAGUUCAAAUGCUGUUAUACAAAAGUUAGUUCCUGUCCUAAAAUUUGAUUGGUAUAACGCUAAUGAACUCCGGACUGACAGACACCAACCAACACCAACAAGCAUGCUUGACCACUUGCUGUUGGUUGACGCUACUUUUGAAUGUUCUAUCAGCAUUUGUCGGGUCAUGGAGUGUCUGAGAAGUGUUGGUCGGUGUUUGUCAGAUUAGUCAAGACUUAUUUUUGAUGUAAGAGCGGACAUGGCCAUUUGUAAAUUGUAUGCGAGAGGCUUCCGCAGUUAACCGCUUCCAGUUAUUUUAGUUAAUUAUGCUCCUUGAUAUUGCAAACUGGCAUUUGUUAUCAUAUUAUUUUAAUAUACUAUCAAUCAUAAACACAAUGGUUUGUAGAACAAAUAGAUUUACCGUUCUUUACACUUUGUUAUUCUACAAGUUAUUUGCGUAUGAAUCGGAUGUCUUGCACAUUCACAAGAAAUACUGAGUACAGAUUAACCUAUAGAGUAGAAAUGUUCUGGGACUUCUUUAUGAGUCUGGUGGACCUUAAAGUAGUUCACUUUUGAAAAACUGAUAAUUUACUUACCCUCAUUUCAUCCAAGAUGUCCAUGUCAUCCUGUAUU